AUGGGUCAAUCGUUUGAUCUGCUGCGCACGCAUGAUGAGGUGCCAGAUGAUGUCAAGGCAGCCAUUCCGCCCAUUGAGUACACGGCAGCCCCGGAGGAAAGCCGCCCUCACGACCGCGAGCUUUGCGAGGACUGCGGCGAGUACUUUGGGUGGUUCUGCUGGAGUACCAACUGCGACUGGUGCGGUCGCCAGCUGUGCACCCGGUGCUGCCCCAACCAUUACCUCCUCAGGGGAAAUCCCGGAUGCAAAGAUUGCACGCGGAAAGCGUUUCGCAUCCGCCGGCAGGCGAUGCUGGAGGAUCACCUCCAGAACGCUGGACUAAUACUUCAACGCCCACGUGGUAGAGCGGAGGAGGGCGUGCCUAUAUCCGCCGCAUCCCCUGCUUUGGAGAGCGUCGAUGCGCUUUCUCCGUCAAAGGCGCGCACUCCUGCUUAG